UCAUGCGUUGCUCUCAUGCUCUUCUCAAUGUAGAUGGAAUGACCUGCCUCAAGGUUGAAAACUUGGCACACCACACUUCAUCUUAUACUUUGAAGCACGUCUUUGAGGAUUAUGGACCUCUUGGUGAUGUAUACAUCCCCCGAAAAACUGAAGAGCACUGUGGCUUUGCUUUCAGCCAUUUCUACAACAAAUGUGAUGCCAAUGAUGCCGUACAUUCCCUAAAUGGAUUUUUACUGGAUGGUUGUAAACUGAAGGUACAGAUGGUAUACAAUGAUGAUCCACAUUAUGCUCAACCUGAUUCUAGCUCGGGAAGGCAAUACCAUUACAAGGAAGAAAACCAUGACCUUCAGAGCGAAUGUGAAAGACACCAUUUUUCCAACACCAGAAUCCAAACCAGAUCUCACAGCAGAUUUUCUGGAGACCACUCAGAAUUCAAAUCUCAAUCUUCUAAUCACUUGCAUAGAAGAUCAUCAUCAACCAGAUCCAAGACCCAGUCUUCAGUGUCUACUCAACAACUGCCAAACAGGGCCUGUCCAAAGUCCAGAAACCUUCCAGGAAAAAAGAAGAAACCCAAACCUAAACCUUCAUAUAAGAGUGCCUCCAAAUAUCCUUCAGGAGGAGGACUUCUUGUGGGAGGAAAAAUGGAGAACAACCAGAGGCAAGUGGAAAAUGUACAAUCCAAUUCUAUGUUUGAAAAUCCAUGUAGAACAAAAGUAAAUGCAACUCAUACAUUGAUAACACGUCCAUCUACCAGAAGUCAGACAAGAAAAAGAUUAAGAAGCCCACAAAAUUCAGGAGAAAAUUCAAAGUCGGAAAGAAAAUAUGCAGAAAAUAAAAAAAGGCAAAUGGAAUAUCCAGAGUAUCAGUCAAUAAUUAAAAAAACAUAUUUAUCAAAUGAAAUUGAACCUGAAAUAUUGACCGUAUAUGAUAGAAUUCAGAGAAGAACAAGAAGGAGGAGCCAAGGACUUUCAAGAUCCAACAACUCGAAUAGAUGUGGAGCAAAUACUGCAGAUGUUUUGCAUAGUGUUGAUUCUGAAAGCAGCCAACUUAACUCACUACAACAAUCUGAAAAGAGAACAAAAAUGGGGAUAGAGGAGUGUGGGUUUUGGACAGCAAAAAAUCAGGGUAACUCAAGCAAUGAUAUCACUAGUAGGAUGAGAUUUACCUGUAAUAAAGGGAACACAAUUCCACAAAAUGACCUUUCAGGGCUUAGUUGUCAUGACAGUAACAGAAAAAUCCAUAAGCAAUUAGACUAUGAAGAACUUGAGUCAAUGCGUGUAACUCCAUGUACACAAGAAGGAAAUAUAACUGAAGUUUUAAUGGAAGACAAAUGUAGUAAAGAUACAAGUACUAGAAGAAAGUGUCCAGACGUUCUGAUACCUAAAGAAACAAUUGAAAGUAGGCUACAUCCAGAUACCAAGGAUGUGGCACUGGGGGGACCUCAUUAUUGUUUAUCACCUGAAACUUUUGAAGAUCUUAGGAAAGAUGAGGCUUACAUUUUUUCUAAUAGUCACAUAUUUUUACCAUUGAGAGACGAUUUAGCCAUAUCUGAGUUGCAAAAACUAUAUUUCUUUCCAUCAUUUCCAACAAUAGAACAUAUAUUGACAGAGAGCACUGCUCAUAGAAGUCAGUCUACAUCUGUAACACCAACUAACUUUACCACUGUGGAAACUGAUCAAAAAGAAUACACAAAGACCUCUUCAUGUUCUAACCACACAGGUAUACAAAUUUCUGACAUAAUUUCUGAUGAUGAAACUUUAAAUACUAAUUUAGAAUGUACAAUACCUUCAGCUCCUUGUGAAACAUCAGGGAACAUCAUGCUAGGAGUUUUUGAGGUAGAUGAUAAUUUCACUGAGUUUGACUUACAGUCUUGUGACUCAUUGUCAACUCAAAAUAAUAGAAGAGUUCAUUCUGGCCACAGUAGAAUUUCCAGAUCUGUUUCCAGCUUAAAUUCAAAUUCCACCACUAAUUCUAGUACAAAUCACUCACUUCUUUCUCUAUUAAAUUACAGUCAACAGUUUUUACCUGUUUCUAGUACUACUGACAAUAUUAUUGGCAAUGACAUAAAUUUACCACAUACCUCACAAAUUAAUCAAGAAUAUAAUGAAUUCAUUUUAUUUAAUUGCCCAACUUUUGAGGCCAGGCAACAAAUGCAUGUUACAAGCCCAGAGACAUCUAAUGAUAGUGAUUAUUGGCCAGUUUUGCCUGAUUUUUCAAACUUCAAUGAUAUUCAUACUAACCACCCUAAAGGACUUACCGAAGAACAGAUUAAUACUUUACCAGUAAUUUUUUUUUGUGAAAAUGAUAAAAUAAGCCACUGCAGUAUUUGUCUUGCACCAUACGUAAAAAACAGUAGGAUCCGUGUACUACCUUGCUUUCAUGAAUAUCAUGAUAAAUGUAUUGAUCGCUGGCUGUCUGACAACUCUACCUGUCCUAUUUGUCGCAAACAUGUAAUAAAUCCUGAUGACACAGAAUUUCUAUUUUGA